CUAGCAUCUGACGUUCAACCAGACACCGGAUCCGCGGCGCGUUGGUACCGUGACGUGUUUAAUCCCGCACUACCGACGUUCCAGCUCGCAUUCCGCGAAGAAGAUUCGGAGAGGUGUGUCAGUGCGAAGGAUCAGUGCUCGAGUUGCGUACGAAAUCGUUUGAAUUCUCGAAUUAACACGUAUUCCACAAAGAAAUUAGAAUUGUCGGUACAUAAAAUAGUUCUCGCGUUCCAAGUGGAAGGUACAACACCUAUUGUUUCAAGGAGGACCUGCCCGAAUAUGGUAUCCAAAAUCCCUCCUGUUUACGAACACCCAACAGCCAGCAACAUUUCAUUUGAGAAAGGAGGCGUGUUUAACGUAACAAAGCCAUGCAAUCGUCAGCCGUGCCUGUCAUUUGCUUCUCGUGGCGUGAGAUCGUGGCCACCAGAGGAAGAGCCUUCACAAAUGGAUACAGUUCCUUUGUUAACACCGACCAUGGAGACAGAAUUGUUGAACGAGCCAUGGGUGUUCCCACAGCCAAAAACGAAUGUAACAAAAGAAUCCGAGAAAGAAGCAUCCUCCAUAUGGGAGGAGAACUUUCAAGAUUUAAGCGGUUACAUGGAUCCAUUCCAGGGUCAAUGCGAUUUUCAUGCAGGUGAAUCACCUACUUUUAAACUAUCAGGUACGAAAUACGAGGGUAACAGUGUUUUGUCUUCAGAAGAGGGGGUAUUGAAAGAUUUGAUGAGUGUAACAGAUGAAGAAAAGUGGAACGUGAAAAUGAGUACCGCGGAGACAACCGAACAUUUAAACGACAGUUGUCACAGCCUGCAAUCUACAUCAAAUGUAACUAGCAAAUACGAGAGGAAAAAUAGUCCAACAGAAUCAAACACAUCCAACUUGUGGUUAAAAAUAUCAAAAGGAUCAACUAAUGUAAAUACAAGCAAACAGAAUAAUACAGAUGUUAGUGCACCAUUCCAAUCCAGAUAUCAUAUAGAGGAAAUUGAUUUGAAUGAUGCUUGCCCGACUUCAUUCGAUUCCACCGAGAAUCAACGUGAAACAUGGGAUGUAUUACGAACAGUGGAAACCACUGGAUCGGAUACGUUCGAUUUAUUGUCGUACCUUUGCGAUGAUGAAAUGCAUUCUCCGGAAGGUAGCGUUUCAACAGAUUCUUCAGUAGCAUCGAAAUCAUGGUCACCCUCUAAAUUAUCCACAACGAUUCCACAAACUAGCGUGAAAGUGAAAACGGAGAAGAACGAGACUAUCGUCCCAGAGUGCACAAGAAAUCGAACACCAUCGUCAACGAUAACUUCGUCUUCUUCAGACGCACCAGUAGUAUCAACGAGGAGGGCGGAACGUACGAGGAUAUCAGUUAGCAACAAAAUAGAGAAACCUUAUAGUCGAGCGCGACGGGAGAGAAUAGAGCGAAAACGUUACAUAGAGUCAGACUCGGACGAUCGAACGUCUGUUUUGCAUUAUCGAGAGUCCAGGGAGAAGAACAACGAAGCUUCGCGAAAGUCACGUAUGAAUAAAAAAGCGAAAGAAACUGAGAUGGCGAAGAAAGCGGUCGAAUUGGAACGGGACAAUAGGAUAUUGAAGAUGAAGGUUGAGGAACUUGAAAAACUCGUAACAUCGAUGCGCAGUGCGUUAUUGAGGUCCGCUUUGAAAAAAGAAUUCUAAAAAGCGUUUCUUCUACUUGUUUCGAAUGAUCGUUAUGCGGCGGGUAUCGCAUAAAAUUUUUCAUUUCUAUCAUAAUUUUUGCCUUUAUAUAUAUAUAUAUAUAUAUAUAUAUAUAUAUAUAUAUAUAUAUUUUGUCAUAUAAGAGAAGAAAGCGCUGCAUCAUUUUCAUUUAUUUAUAAAUCUAUAUCACUACGACUAUUAAUGCAAUGAAUGAUUUCAAAUUGUAUUGUUAUAUUUAAUUCAUCUCUUAUUUUUUUCUUAUCAAUCGUUUGAGGCAGAUUGUUGUUGAAUUCUUUAUAUACAUACAUAUAUAACGUUACUCGAAGGAAAGGUGUAUAUAUUAACAUCUUAUGUAAAUGUUUGUUGCACAAUAUGUUUGUGUUUGUUCUGUUUUUGUUCAAAGACAUCCUAUUUACAAUGUUUUAUAAUGCUUAUAACGAAAUCUACGUUCAUAUAAUUGAAAUGAACAAACGAAAAAAAAAAGAUAAAGAGGCAGAAGUGGAGUAAAAUCUAAAAUAGUAUCUCUUUUGCCAAAAAAAAAAAAAAAUGAAAAAA